AUGUGUAAAAGCCAAUAUUGUCAAGAAAGUGCGUGGCGACUCAAAAGCAAGGCAGGUCUUUUGUUUGACGCCGGUUGUCCCGGGGGUGCUUGCUGUCCAGGUGAGAUACUCGAUGACAUUAUAUUGAGCUGGGGCCCUUCGCACGGCUCAGCAUGGUCUUCUUUGAAGUAUUGGGAUCAGGCGACGAGCGUCCUCAUGUUUGACCUCCUAUCUGGGAAGCCCACUAGCUGUGAGCGCUGGGUCCUGGAGAACUUCACGGUUAGCCUGCAGAACGAUGCCACCUAUGCGACUUUUGUGCCAGGCCGCUUCGGUGCUGCCACAGAAGCAUGCGUGGCCUCCAAUCGUGAGCAGUUCCUGCGUAGCUUCUAUGCCUGCUGA